AGUCAAACUGAAAGAAAAAUGGAAAGGACGUAAACAGAAAAUUACAAUAAAUUUAAUUAAAAUAUUAUACUCUCUAAUCAUGAGUAACCGUAAUCCAAAUACAUUGAUGAGUGUCCCAGACGAACAGUUUGACUAUCUAUUUAAAAUUGUGUUAAUCGGAGACUGUGGCACUGGAAAAACAUGCAUUGUGCAACGAUUGAAAUCAGGGAAUUUUAUUGAAAGGCACGGGAAUACGAUAGGCGUUGACUUUUCUAUGAAAACACUAAUAGUAGACGGAAAGAGGGUCAAGCUGCAAAUAUGGGAUACGGCCGGUCAGGAACGCUUCAGGACAAUCACCCAGAGCUAUUAUCGUUCCGCAAAUGGAGUAAUUAUUGUAUAUGACAUUACGAAGCGUUCGACAUUCUUAUCCCUCCAAAAAUGGAUUGAGGAGGUGAGACGGUAUACAUCAUCAAAUGUGAUAGUGUCGCUGAUUGGUAACAAAUGUGAUUUGGCGGAGCAACGGGAGGUUGAGCCAGAUGAGCCAAAAUCUUUCUGCCGCUAUGUGCCAGAGAUUAUGUUUGUUUUGGAGACAUCUGCAAAAGACAACACUAAUGUUGAGGACACAUUCCGGAGCUUAGCCACUGAAUUAAAGAGGCAACAUGACAAUAGUGAAGGGCCGCCGGCAGAGUCUGACUCAGUAGUCCUUGGGGAGAGCCACUCCGUAAGCAGAUGUCAACCUUGUCGCUCCUCUUAGAUGUAUCAGGUAUUUUGUAAAAAAAACAUUGUCACAAUCUAGGCUAUGUAAUUUGAUACCGUUAAAUAAUCAGGCCUCAUUUCUAAUUAUUAUUAGUUUUGUUGUUUCAAAACUUACGUUUUGGGGUUUUAAUUCAUUCAGAUUUAUGUUCGCAAAAAGUUUUAGUAGUGCAUUAUGAUCAUGCACAUAAAUAGGUAAAUACUAAAACGCGACAACAUUUUUAUUGUGUAGUGCUAAAAAUUCCAUGUUAUAUAUUCCAACCCAAAAAUAUGCAGUGGAAGAUACUACCAACUAAUAUUUCGAUAGAUGGUCAGUAAUAAACUAAUAAAACAGAAUUAUAUGCAAUUACUAAGAAGAAUUCAACUACCUAUCAAUGAUAUGAGGUUGAUUCUCCUGAGAACAAUGUAUCAAUAACUCUGCGCAUAGUGUCAUUACACUCAUUACUUUCCAAGUAAUGUUACUCAUUUUCUGGUACCUGCGGGUUACUACGUCAGUAAUGUUGAGGCCUGAUGUUUACAUCGUUUUGAGAUUAACACACUUUUACAGUAUUUGUUUAUUCUUCUAAUGUGCCUUUAGUCAAAAAAUCAGGUUAGAUGAAAUUGGAGAUGGAUUUUUAAAUGAGUUCUUGUACGCUUAGCCACUGGACUUAUUCCUUAGGGGCUGUCCAUAAAUUACGUCAUCGAUUUUUGACGAUUUUUGACCCCCCCCCCCCCCUAUAAUCAUCCAAAAAUCAUGCUUCAAAUGACCUAAUUUCCUCCUACUUUAUGCUACCGUCAUCCGAUGUCCAGACACCCCCCUAAUUUGAAAUAUACAUGACGUAAUUUAUGAAUAUAUAUGACGUAAUUUAUGAAUAGCCCCUUAUAAAUGGUAUAAUUAACUAUAAUUUAAUUUAGUAAAAUACUACAUUUGAUGAUUUUUUUGUUUAUAGAAUUGACAAAUCUUGCGUCGUCAUUUACAUUACAUUUGUAAAAAUCUUUAUUAUGACUAUCUAGUUUACUAUAAUCUGUAUCUUUAGGUAUUUAAAUAAAAGUAAACAAACAAUUUGUAAAUUUUCGGAUAGUAACAUUUAUUGGUUAACCGACCAAUUACAAAACCGCCUGGAUCAGUAACUAAACGUCCUGACUUUAACCUACAUUAUUUGAUCGUGUAAUGUUUUCAUCUACUCUUAACUGGCUUCAGUCAUUUGAGGGUAGAUUUUGUUUACUUUUAUUUAAAUACCUAAAGAUACAGAAUAUAGUGUAGUUACAAUAUUUUAAUUUAAUUUCAUUUCAAUAUUGUAUCAAAAAGUAUGGUCGAUCCAGCAACUCGUAAAUCAUAGGAAGUGAAGCAUACCUAGCAAGUGUUGCACUUCACACUUUCUCAGGGAAAGUAAAUUCCAAGUUAAUUGGUUUUAGUCAGGUGUUUUAUGUAGGCAGCAGUGGCGGAGCGUCCGUAGAAGGCGAUUCCCAUCGGCUUGUCUGCCACGCGCCGCCACUGGUAGGCAGCAAUAAAACUCGGUUUUCACCGGCUUGCCAUUGUUAAGGUGAAAUGAUCACAAUCUAUGGGUCUUGGUGUAAAGGUUAGUCAAAUUAAUAUGUUCCGGUUUGCCUACUGAUAACUUUGACGUCCUACCAUUCAAACAGAUUAAUUAAUUAGCAAUCUUAAAGAGUUCAUCAAACUUAGAUACUUACCUAACAACUUUUAUUGACAUUUUGUAAUCUCAUUUUCUUAAUAAUAUUCUUACUUUAUAUUUUAGUCACUAUUUAAUUUUAGUUGGUGCUCAUAACAAUGAUCUUAUAGUUUGUAUAGUGGAUGAAUUUACGUAUAUGUAAAUGGGCUCAUUCGGUGGUAAGACUAGAGUUAAGAUCAUAAGUAUCAUGACCACCAUCAGUUUCGAUAUUGUAAAUAAUUAGACUAUGUAAUUAUACCACCUAGUCGAGACUGAUAUAAGCCAUAUAUUAGUAUUGAUUGUAAACCCAGAUUUGUAUCCAUAUUUAUUUAACAAGUAAGUAAAAACGUAGAGCAUGUAAUACUCAGUCCGGAUUAAUCAAAAUUAAGCCCUUUUCCGUUGUAUGAAGACUCAUUUUGCUUCAACCUCAUGCUUUAACGGAUAAGUGUUUUUAUUACGUGUU